AUGUCAGGCGUGUCAUCAAACAUCGUGAACUUUUCCGUUCUUGAUUUCCUACGACGUGCCGAUAAAAUAACUGCUCUUCAGUUGAUCAAAACAGAGCAAGAAUAUUCAUCCGGUCUUCGCUUUCCCAAACAUCAUAAGCAUGGCAAAGUCACACGUGAUCCCUCUUCUUCUUCAUCAUCAACGUUUACCUAUUCGUCUCUUCGACCGGUCGAUAUCGAGACGAUAGUCGAAGGAGCCUUUGCAACUGCAUAUGAACUAAUCGAACCACUCAUUGGUAAAGAUACAUUACAAACAAGCAAAUAUAAAACAACAGCAAGUCUUUCUAAACUCAUCAUCAAACAUUACGAGACCUCAAAACUUAAAAGUCGAUCGUCACAACUGCAGCAAGUGUUUGAUGACCCAUCGGAAGAAACCAACAAUGAAGAUGAAGAUGAAGAAGACACAGAUGAAGAAGAUACAGAUGAAGAAGAUGCAGAAGAAGAAGAUACAGAUGAAGAUGAAGUACAAGAUCUUUCUCACGUUCUUCUUGAUUCGUCGAAUGCCUCUUUUAGAGGCAUGCGUGUGAAAGAAUCCAUUGAUCCAAAACAAUCCGAUUCGUUCUUCAAAGUUCGACGAGAAAAUGACACUACUGAUGUUUAUAUCCACAAGCAAACAGCUUGUUGGGUAUUGACAAAUGAAAAAUCUUCUCUUUCUUCUGAUCGUUUGAAACGAGUUACACAAUCAAAAUAA